AUGGCUUGGCGCAAACCAAGUCUAAAUCCCAUCGCGCGUAAUUUAGCAGCUGAGGGAUCCGACGAAGCCGGCCGGACGACCACACCUUCGUCGAAACGAACUGCAAACUUACUGGGGGUCCUUCAACUUCCGUCUCGACUUCUCGAGCGCUGCGGGAAAUCUCCCAUCAUCCCAUCACCAUACCAUUCGGUCAUGGAAUCAUGCAUUUUUGCGCUAGUGCUACAAUCCACACCACAGUGGCGUGGGCAUCUUUUAAAACUGAACCUCCGCGUACCCCUAGCUGCGCGGGAAGCUAGGUAAACGCAGUCAGCACCAUUGACGAUUGAUGGGUUUCUUCCAGGCCUGUCACCGAAAAUGCCUAGCAGAGAAGAAGGGAUUCAAUGAAACGUCAACUUCCGUUGAUGUCAGCCAGUCGAGCGGAGGGACAUGUCGCCGGAGGAAAAUGGUACUCCAGUAUGGGAUCUAAGCCAUGCGGCAUCUGGGGUGAUGCCUGGGCCCUUCGACAUUUCAAAUUGAUAUACCAUCGUUGUUCUCCUUGUUUUGUGUUAGCACCCUAGCAACUACAUAGGUGAAUAGUACUUUAAGUGAAUGGUAUCGUGCGAUCUGUGUAUGUAGGUUGUAUGUAGUUGUAUGUCAGAACCGUGAGCAAAUCCGCGUACUUAAUAUUUGUAUUUAGGACGGACUCUCUUCGUAAUAUAAAAUCGAAUAGACGUGAAAUGCAGAAGGGAUCGGA